ACAGCUAAGACUGUAUGAUAUCAUUUUUCCUGGGGAAGACAAGCAUUUCAAAAUACAUUACAAGAAGUGGGUGAGCUUAUCUGAAUCAAAUAUUAUCAUAAUUCACAUCCCUCUGUUUUAAAGACUUUAAAAUAAGGUGGCCCAUCUUUUAUCUUUAAAAAAAUAACAUAUUUAAUAAGCGUAUUAAUUAUAAAUAUGUUCAUUUGGCCGAUUUAGGCCUAUAGAACCAGUUUAGCCCUGGUAAAAUAAUCAUAAAUACUUUGUCUCUAGAUUCUAGAAAUAACUACUUUAAAAAACUUAGGCUUAUUAAAUUAAAUUUUUAAUAUUUAAUGGUUACUAAAUGUGAAGAGUUUGAGUUAUACUGAUUCUAAUGAUAAUAAUAAAUAAUAAUAUGCCUAAUAACUUGUAUUUUCAAUACUUUUAAUUAUAAUUGCAAAGUGAUCAGGCCUAUUGAUGAUUUUUAAUUUUUUACUUUUAAAAAAAUUACAAAUAUUGUACAGUCUUGUAGAUAUCAUAUGUGAAUUGUAAUUAUUUGAAAAAUUUAAUUUCUUUUGCAUUAUAAUAUUAAUUGUGAAUGUUUUAGGCUACUCAUUUACCUCAUUUUUCAAAAGUUUGAGAUAAGUAUAAACAUUUUUAUUUUAAAAAUGCAGACUGUAAAGAAAUUAAUAAAUUAAUAUCAUAUUGACUAUUACUCACCCUAUAAAUUUUCAGUAUGGCAAUGACUCAAGACUUAAAUCAAAAUCAACAUGAGGAUAUAUUCCAUUCUGUUACUAUGACGGAGGAAGUGUAAGUUUUGCCUUACAUUUCACAUUCCGGGUAAUUUUUCAUAAUAAUUUUCUUAUUUUUCUGUCUUUUAAACAAACAGAUGUUAAUUGUCGCUUUCCUAAUAUUUUGUCAGAUCAUGGCUGGAAGGUCACAGUGCAGGAUUGAUUGAAGGGGAAAAAAUAGGUUAUCUUGAAGGAUAUCACCUCGGAGUUCAAAAAGGCUCUGAUAUUGGAAAUGAGGUACCAUUAAGUUUCAAUUAAAUUACCAGUAACUAAAUAUUUGGAUACUUAAGUCAACAUGGGCAGCAGUGUCAUAAAAGCAUAAAAAAUUACAAACAUACAUUUUUCUAUACAACUCCUAUGUACCGAACAGCAGCAAGUAAAGUAACUAAUUCGCUUCAAGAUAAGGUCAAUUUAGAAAAAGUUAUUUGCAUAGUAAUUGCUUUAUACUUAUACGGCAGCUUUUAUUUUUGACAUAUUCUGAAUUCAGCUACUACUAAUAUCUAGUAAAAUUUGUCAUUAACGUUGGUAAGUUUUAUCACAGAAGAAACAAAAGCUAAAAUCUGCAGCUUUUUGGGGGUUCAUUUGAUACUUUUUAAUUAUUUAUAAAAUAAUUAUGCACAAAUAAUACUCUAUUAAAUUUGGGUAUUGCAUUGGAAAUUGAAUCAAAUUUAAUUGCUUACACUUAUAUUAUAAAUUAUAUGUUAUUCCUGAAUAAUAAAUGUAAUGGACUUUUAAGCAAAUUAAAAAUAGAGCACAUUCAUUGUUAUUAUUACUACUCAAAUAGGUUGGUUUCUAUGCUGGUUAUGCGGCACAUGUGGUAGAAAUGCUUCAUCAAGAUACAUCUAAAUCCAGGUGAGGUCUUGAAAGUCUUUAGUUAUUUGUAUGAAAAAUGGUAGAACUGAUAGGAGGUGAGGUGUGUCUUCUGUCAGUGUGUUUAGAUUGCUGUGCCCAUAAGACAGGAAAAAAGUAUUUACUAUUGAAGCCGAGUUAAAAGCAUAUGUUGCAUUUAAAUGAUUUUUUGGAGCCCAAUACAGGUUAGUUUAAAUUUCAGGGCCUUAUUACAUUUUUUUCAUUUUGUUGUAGAGAUUAAUAAUUAAAUUUAGGAUUUUGAAUAUGUUAACUAAAUAAAUAAUUAAUGAAGAAAACGCUUGGCUUAUUAACAUACUGAUGCCCUAUAAAAUACAAUGUGGUGCACAUAUCCAAAAUAAAAAUUUUCUCUCAUGACAUGCAAUUAAUUUAUUUAUGUGACUGCGUUACAUGUACAUUGAGAUGGUUUUAUUCAUGUAAUAAAUUAAGACAUAAGAAAACACUUUUUCCCUUGUCAAAAAUGUAAAUUGGAAACAUUAGCACCAGCUAAUUUCUUGCUCUGGUAGUCUUAGUAACUAAAGAUAAAUGGAAUCUGUUAACUUUAAUUAAUUUUUUUUAAAUUAAUAAACUUUUCUUUUUAUCAUCAUAGAACAUAAUCUGAUUAUAGCUCAUUAAACAAAGUUUUGAGGGAGCAUAUGAAAUACUAUAUAAUAGUCCCAUUCUGGACUGGCGGAUAAAAUUUUAAAAAAAUCUUUAGCCAGUUAAGAAGUCCUUUUUUUUCUUUUGGUAGACAUAUUGGAGAGGAAUUCCACUUAUUCUUAAACUUAAAGUUCGCUUUACAAACUUCUGAAAACAAAAUUUAUCUUGAUUUACAUUCAAUUAGAAAUAUUCUUAGCGUAGCGUUAUUUCUUGUUUCUUUUCAAAAUCAAGGCAUCCAUAUUGACCGCUAUUUCAAUUUUAUCUUUUCCAGAAUACUAAGGGUGUGUGAAAGUAUAAUAAAUCUAGCAAAUAUCAUUCAUAGAAUUGAGCCAAAUGAUGAAUCUCUAACAGAUCAUUUAAAUAAAAUUCAAGGAAAGUUCAAACAGGUUUGAUUUUUUUUUAUAUCCUGUAGAUCAUGGUUUUAUUUUUGUUGACUUUAUUUCUUACUUAUAAGCUGCAACAUACAUUGCUUUAGUAAUUCUUUCAAACAGCUUGAAGGAGUCUCUAACUUUUAAAAUAUUAUUAUUUUUUGUACUGGGACACGUGAUUAGGUCUAUUUGAUUGUACUUGUUCAAUACUUUUUGAUCUUUGUGUUUAAUUAUUUUAUUUCCUAAGUCUUGAGGUAAGCUUCUCGUUUUGUCUAAUAUUCUUGUGUUUUGUAUUGUUGCUUUCACAAAGGGAGGGAUUCAGCUUAAACAAUAAUUUAAUGUCUCAUUUUGUUAUUAAAGCUGCAACAUUUAUUGUUCUCAAUAUUUCUUUCAUAAACAUCUUUGUUUUGUAUAGAAAUAGGAAGGACAAGGCUCUCUCUCAAUUUAAGACUUAUGUAAAUUCUAGUUUUUUAAAUGUAAAUAUGUAAAUUCUAAACUCUUUCUUUAGCUAACUUCCCAGAUAGGAGUUCAAGCUGAAUACAAGAAACUCUCAUCCAUUGAUGUUAAAGGUGCCUUCUUCUAAGUGAUAAGUCUGAGGACAUGUCUCUAAUUCUUAUGUCUACUUAUUAGGUUUACAUGCCCCUGACAGGACAAGUUGUUCAUAUUGAAACAGCUGUUUAUAUAAUAAUGUGUCAUUAAAUAAUAAUAAAUCCAUAAUACUACCAG